AUGGACCGGAUACGCAGCCUCAUGGCCCGUCCUACGGCAUAUGAGCCAAUCAACGAAUCCGCGGAGGAUGCCGAUGGGACGACACAAACGCAGCGACAGGACGAACCACAGUUCUCAAGAACAGAAUAUGGGAUCUUCUUCCUCCUUGGCAUUUCCAUGCUGUGGGCCUGGAACAUGUUCCUUGCUGCAGCACCAUAUUUCUAUACUAGAUUCCAAUCUGAUGACUGGACGAAAUUGCACUACCAGCCGUCUAUCCUAUCAGUCUCAACCGUCACCAACCUCGGGACCGCCUAUAUCCUGGCGAAGCUGCAGAAGAACGCAUCAUACCCAUGGCGCAUAAUGCUCUCGCUGUUGAUCAACUGCGCUGUGUUCACAAUUCUGGCAUUCUCCGCCGUCGUAUUUACUGAUGGGUCUGCGCGGACGUACUUCGGCUUCUUAAUGGUCAUGGUCUUCGGAGCAAGCUUGGCAACAGGUAUCAACCAGAACGGUGUCUUUGCGUACGUUUCUGGAUAUGGAAGAGACGAGUAUAUGCAGGCAAUUAUGAGCGGACAGGGUGUUGCGGGUGUGCUGCCUUGUAUCGUUCAGAUCAUCUCCGUACUCGCUGUGCCGUCGAAAGGAGACAGCGUUGAUCGUGACCCGGGCCAGGAUCAAGACCCGAGUAUGCCGCAGACGACUUCGUCCAGAUCGGCUUUUGUCUACUUCCUUACCUCGAUGGCAGUGUCGGUGAUUGCGCUGUUGGGCUUCCUCUAUCUGCUCAGGAACCAACCUCAGUCCAGGCAAAAGGUGACAAGAGCGGACGACGAGUCUAUGGCUGAUGAGCAUGAACAUUCCAAGACUGUUAGUCUUUGGUCCUUGUUCGUGAAGCUGCGCUUCUUGGCGUUCGCUGUUUUCAUGUGCUUCCUCGUCUCUAUGGUCUUCCCUGUCUACACAGCGGAAAUUCAAUCUGUUAAUGAUCCCACUAGUUCACAGAUCUAUGACUCCAGUGUCUUUAUUCCUAUCGCGUUUCUACUGUGGAACCUCGGUGAUUUAGUCGGAAGAAUGGGUGUGGCUAUUCCUGGAAUUUCCCUAGGCAAGUAUCCUCAGGCGGCCGCUAUUUUGGCAAUUACACGGGUCAUGUUCAUUCCAAUCUACCAGCUCUGCAAUAUCAACGGCAAGGGGGCUGUUGUGAAGAGUGAUAUUUUCUAUCUUGCCGUGCAAUUUCUGUUCGGCGCUACCAAUGGGUACCUCGGGACGAGCUGUAUGAUGGGUGCUAGCCAUUGGGUGGUUGCUGACGAGAGGCCAGCUGCUGGUGGCUUCAUGAGCAUGGUACUUGUGGGUGGUCUGGCUGCUGGAAGCCUGUUGAGUUUUUCUGUUGCUAGUACAUAA